AUGCAUGGAAAACAGUCAUACCAACAUAGGAUUUCUAAAAAGCAGUUGAACAGUUUUCGAGAUGGUUCACCAGAUCCCGUAGUAAAUCGUCGCCUUGCUGGAAUUGCAAGACAAAUUCUUCGACAAUCAACAUGGGGUGAUUUUUCAACUAUAAAUAGCAGUCCAAAUUUUACUACUGGUUAUCCUUUUGUUACGCCACGUAACUUUGCUGAGGGCAAUUCCACUCAUAGUACUGGUAAACCAUAUUUUUAUUUUACUCCUGACUAUUCAAUAUCGCCUGAUGAUUUAUUGAUAACCGAUGUUACUGCCGAUACCAGAGUGUCAUUUACUGUGACUACAGAACAGACUGGUGUUUGCAGGAAAAAUGGUCACAAUGUCCAAAGUAACAAGUGCUAUUGGGUCGUUUACAGUGGCGAUUUUCGUAAAUUAAAUGAGAACUCUGAAGAAUACAAGAAUGGUUAUCAGUAUUUGUGCGAAAAGUAUCCGGACAUUGAAGAAAUAUCUAAAGAAUCGAAACUAGUAUUAGGAACAAUCAAUUUAGUUGACGUUAUGGUACUUGCUGGAAGAAAAGAGUUGGAAUGUAUACCUCUUGAUGCCUAUUUUAAUACACCUCCAAAUGAACACUUUGCCAGCAAAAUCUAUCGUAAACAAAAAGUAUUGAGAAAUCACAUAACCAAAAUGCAGUGA